AUGUUCCGCCGCCCAGGUACCGGCCGCUCCAAGGCUUCAGCAGACACGCUCUGCCAAAAGUGCCUGAAGAGAGGACACUACAGCUAUGAAUGCAAGGCCCCAGCCCAGGAGCGCCCCUAUAAGCCGCGGCCCUCGAGAACACAGCAGCUACUCAACCCCAACCUGAAGCCUAAGCUUACCACUGAGGUACCUGUGGACCUGGUACGCAAGAAGGGCGUAGCCGACGACAUCUUGAAGAAGAAGGAGGAGGAACGCAAGCGCGCACGAUCGCUUUCUACAUCGUCCAUUGACUCCGUAUCCACCAUAUCUACCAACCGAUCGCCGUCUCGGUCGCGCUCUCCGCCACGCAAGAAGCAUGAUGGCCCAAGACACCGAGCCAACGACGACAAGACAGUGCGCAAGCGGAGCAGACGGUCAGUCUCCAUGGACUCACGCUCAUCAUACGAAUCAGACAUGGCCGACAGGAACACACGGCGGCGAGUUAGUGCCUUCAGUCCAGGCGAGCGUGGUCGGAGGAGGACCAGGUCGCGGUCAAGGACCAGGUCAGCGCGCACGCAGCGAUCACAAGAGAACGUUCGAGGGAGACUACCACGGAACAUGAGCGGCAGCCUCAGGUCACGGAGCAGGAGCGCCAGGAGACACCACCACGAGCGACCGCGUCGUUGCAUUUCAGUGUCGAAGUCACGAUCACGAAGUGCAGACCCCAUGGACAUAUCUGACGACCGACACCCGCCCAACAGCACUUUACGAGGCAAAUGGGGGGCUUCACCCCCACUCAAGCGUGAGCCUUCGAGGUCUCCACCGUCAUUCCGCGGCAGUCGCAAUCGCAGUCCUAGUCCUUACUCCAAGCGCAAAGCCGCCGCUGCUGCCGUCGCCCGCCGCUCGCCCAGCCCAUACGACGUCAAAGCCGGAAGCCGAGGCUACGACGAACCCCGAGAACCCGCAAGGAAUCGUUUCGACGACCGUCCCCCUGUUUCGAACGGCCGGGCCCCACCUCCGCCCAUGCACGCAGCGCCGCCCGUUCAAAGGGAGCGCAGUCUCAGUCCGUAUAGCAAGCGUUUAGCUCUGACAAAGGCCAUGCACGCUGGAUAA